AUGGGCACCCCUGAGGAUUUUGGCACUGAAGAACCUCCUGGACCACAGGACUUGCAGAGGAGAAUCUCCCCAGUACGAGAGUACUUUUCAGAUGAAAGUGAUGGUUCUUUUCUGUUUGAGAAUUAUGAUGCUGCUCUUUGUUUAUGUGUUAUUGAUCUCACUCUGACUUUGCUUUUGCAGUUCAAGUACAAAGAAGUUUAUGAACACAUCAAGGCAAACGGGUACACACUUGGACCCAAUGACGUUCCAUUUGUCAAUGUCCGGAGAGUCAAUAAUGUCACCAGUGAGAGAUUGUAUCGAGAGUUAUACCACAAACUGAAAGACAAGAUUCACACAACUCCAGACACACCUGAAAUCCGCCAAGUCAAGAAGACACAAGAGGCUGUCAGUGAGUUGAUCUACAAAUCAGACUUCUUCAAGAUGCAGGGCCACAUGAUCUCACUACCAUAUACACCGCAAGUGAUCCAUUGUCGCUACGUGGGAGACAUCACCAGUGAUAUUAAAUACAAAGAGGAUUUGCAGAUCCUGAAAGGACUGGGCUGCUUCCUGUAUGAUACUCCAGACAUGGUCCGUUCCCGGCACCUGCGAAAGCUCUGGUCUAAUUACCUGUAUACUGAUAAAGCAAGGAAGAUGCGUGACAAGUACCAAGUGGUCCUUGAUACUCCAGAAUAUAGAAAAGUGCAGGAACUAAAGACACAUCUAAGUGAGCUGGUGUACAGAGCAGCAGGCAAGAAGCAGAAGUCCGUCUUCACUUCAGUUCCUGAUACUCCUGAUCUUCUAAGAGCCAAGCGAGGGCAGAAGCUUCAGAGUCAGUAUCUGUAUGUUGAACUUGCCACCAAAGAGAGACCCCAUCAUCAUGCUGGAAACCAGACCACAGCUUUGCAGCACGCUAAAGAUGUGAAGGACAUGGUCAGCGAGAAAAAGUACAAGAUUCAGUAUGAAAAGAUGAAAGACAAGUACACUCCGGUUCCAGAUACACCAAUCCUCAUCAGAGCCAAGAAAGCUUACUGGAAUGCUAGUGAUAUAAGACUGCUUUUAAUUGUAAUGAGUUUAUCUGUUAAUGAAGACGUGGCAUUAAUCAAUCCAGGGUUGAUGGCCAGUCCUUCGUCUCCAAGCCCAACUGUGAAUGCAUCAUACCCAUUACCAGAACCAGAAUUUUUGGAAGAAUUGUUGGAACUUAAAGCUAGACCAAAACUCAAGCACCUUCUCCGCUACAAAGAAACAUUCCAAAAAAACAAAGGGAAAUACCACACCGUGAAGGAUGCCUUGGACAUUGUCUACCAUCGUAAAGUCACAGACGACAUCAGUAAAGUCAAAUACAAGGAGAACUACAUGAGUCAGUUGGGAAUCUGGAGGUCCAUUCCUGAUCGCCCAGAACAUUUCCACCAUCGGGCAGUUACUGAUGCAGUCAGUGAUGUGAAAUAUAAAGAAGAUCUGACCUGGCUUAAAGGCAUUGGUUGCUAUGCCUAUGAUACUCCUGACUUCACUCUGGCUGAAAAGAACAAGACUCUCUACAGCAAGUAUAAAUAUAAAGAGGUAUUUGAAAGGACGAAGUCAGAUUUCAAGUACGUUGCUGAUUGUCCAAUCAAUCAGCAUUUCAAGUAUGCAACUCAGUUGAUGAAUGAGAGAAAAUAUAAAUCUAGUGCCAAGAUGCUUCUGAAACAAGGAUGUAAUGAAAUUCUGCGUCCAGAUAUGUUGACUGCCCUCUACAACACAUACAUGUGGAGCCAGAUCAGGUACAGGAAAAAAUAUGAAAAAACAAAGGACAAAUUUACCUCAGUUGUGGAUACUCCAGAACACCUUCGUACUACAAAAGUCAACAAGCAAAUCAGCGAUAUACUUUAUAAAUUGGAAUACAACAAGGCCAAACCCAGAGGCUACACCACAAUUCAUGACACUCCCAUGUUGUUGCAUGUCCGCAAAGUCAAAGAUGAAGUCAGUGAUCUGAAAUACAAAGAGGUUUACCAAAGAAAUAAGUCCAACUGCACCAUUGAGGCAGAUGCUGUUCAUAUCAAAGCAGCCAAAGAUGCCUACAAAGUCAAUACCAAUCUGGACUACAAGAAGCAGUAUGAAGCCAACAAAGCCUACUGGAGGUGGAUCCCUGACCGGCCAGACUUCAUCCAGGCUGCCAAGUCAUCCCUGCAGCAAAGCGAUUUUGAAUAUAAGCUGGACAGAGAGUUCCUCAAGGGUUGCAAGCUUUCUGUCACUGAUGAUAAAGAUAUGGUGCUGGCUCUGAGGAAUUCCUUAAUAGAAAGUGAUUUGAAAUACAAAGAGAAACAUGUCAAGGAAAGAGGAACCUGUCAUGCUGUGCCUGACACCCCUCAAAUCCUUCUGGCAAAGACCGUCAGUAAUAUGGUGUCUGAGAACAAGUACAAGGACUAUGUCAAGAAGCACUUGGCCCAGGGCUCAUACACAACACUACCGGAGACCCGGGACACUGUUCAUGUCAAGAAAGUGACCAAGAACGUCAGUGAUACAAAUUACAAAAAGAAGUUUGUCAAAGAGAAAGGGAAAUCCAACUAUUCCAUCAUGCUGGAACCCCCAGAUGUGAAACAUGCUAUGGAAGUGGCCAAGAAGCAGAGCAAUGUUGCUUAUAAAAAAGACGCCAAAGAAAACCUGCAUUACACCACAGUGGCCGAUCGACCAGACAUCAAGAAGGCCACGCAGGCGGCCAAACAGGCCAGCGAGGUGGAGUACAGAGCUAAGCACCGCAAGGAAGGCAGCCAUGGGCUAAGCAUGCUUGGUCGCCCAGACAUUGAAAUGGCCAAGAAAGCAGCCAAGCUGAGCAGCCAGGUUCAAUACAGACAAAAUUUCAACAAAGAGAAGGGCAAAACACCAAAGUACAAUCCUAAAGACAGCCAGCUCUACAAAGUCAUGCAAGAUGCUAAUAAUCUUGCCAGCGAGGUUAAAUAUAAGGCUGACCUGAAGAAACUUCACAAACCUGUGACUGAUAUGAAAGAAUCUCUGAUAAUGAAUCAUGUCCUGAGUACAAGCCAACUUGCCAGUUCUUACCAGUAUAAGAAGAACUAUGAGAAGAGUAAAGGCCACUACCACACAAUACCAGAUAACCUGGAGCAGCUUCACCUGAAAGAGGCCACAGAAAUACAGAGCUUAGUGAAAUACAAAGAAAAAUAUGAAAAGGAACGAGGAAAACCCAUGUUGGAUUUUGAAACUCCAACAUACCUUACUGCCAAAGAGUCUCAGCAGAUGCAAAGUGGGAAAGAAUAUAGGAAAGACUAUGAAGAGUCCAUUAAAGGCAGAAACCUGACUGGUCUGGAGGUUACACCAGCUCUGCUGCAUGUCAAAUAUGCAACCAAAAUAGCCAGCGAGAAAGAGUACAGGAAAGAUUUAGAGGAAAGCAUCCGUGGGAAGGGUCUCACUGAAAUGGAAGAUACACCUGACAUGUUAAGAGCAAAGAAUGCCACUCAAAUCCUCAAUGAGAAAGAAUAUAAGAGAGAUCUGGAGCUGGAAGUCAAAGGAAAAGGCCUGAAUACCAUGGCCAAUGAAACUCCUGACUUUCUGAGGGCCAGGAAUGCUACUGAUAUUGCCAGUCAGAUUAAGUACAAGCAAUCAGCAGAACUGGAAAAAGCCAAUUUCACUUCUGUGGUUGAUACUCCGGAAAUAAUUCAUGCUCAACAAGUCAAGAACCUUUCAAGCCAGAAAAAGUACAAGGAAGAUGCGGAGAAGUCCAUGUCAUAUUAUGAGACAGUUUUGGAUACUCCAGAAAUGCAGAGAGUCCGGGAGAACCAGAAGAACUUCAGCCUUCUCCAAUAUCAGUGUGAUCUUAAAAACAGUAAAGGAAAAAUUACAGUUGUCCAAGACACGCCAGAAAUACUGCGUGUUAAAGAAAAUCAAAAGAAUUUCAGCUCGGUUUUAUAUAAAGAGGAUGUCUCGCCAGGAACAGCACUUGGAAAGACACCAGAGAUGAUGAGAGUGAAGCAAACACAGGAUCACAUCAGCUCGGUGAAGUAUAAGGAAGCUAUUGGACAAGGAACCCCAAUCCCUGACCUGCCUGAAGUGAAACGUGUCAAGGAGACACAGAAGCACAUCAGCUCGGUUAUGUACAAAGAAAACUUGGGAACAGGCACCCCAACCCCUCUCACUCCAGAGAUUGAACGAGUCAAACGCAAUCAAGAGAACUUUAGCUCGGUUCUUUACUCUGAUAGCUUCCGGAAACAAAUACAAGGCAAAGCUGCCUAUGUCUUAGACACCCCAGAAAUGAGACGAGUAAGGGAGACCCAGCGCAACAUCUCCGCAGUUAAGUAUCAUGAAGACUUUGAGAAACAUAAGGGUUGCUUCACACCAGUGGUGACGGACCCUAUCACUGAACGAGUAAAGAAGAACACACAGGACUUCAGUGACAUUAACUACCGAGGCAUUCAGAGAAAAGUGGUAGAAAUUGGACAAAAACGGAAUGACCAGGAUCAGGAGACUGUUACAGGUCUACGAGUCUGGCGUACUAAUCCUGGCUCCGUUUUUGACUAUGAUCCGGCAGAAGACAACAUUCAAUCCCGAAGCUUACACAAGAUUAAUGUCCAAGCCCAGCGACGCAGCCGAGAGCAGUCGCGGUCCGCCAGCGCGUUGAGCAUCAGUGGUGGUGAGGAGAAGUCUGAGCACUCCGACGCCGCCGACCUCCACCUCUCCACCUACAGCGAAGGAGGCGUCUUCUUCUCCGCUACCUCAGCAGCUUACAAACAUGCAAAGACCACAGAGCUCCCACAGCAACGAUCGUCUUCAGUUGCCACCCAACAGACGACAGUAUCCUCUAUCCCAUCUCAUCCUUCUACUGCUGGAAAAAUCUUCCGUGCCAUGUAUGACUACAUGGCUGCUGAUGCAGAUGAGGUGUCCUUCAGAGAUGGAGAUGCUAUUGUCAAUGUUCAAGCUAUUGAUGAAGGUUGGAUGUAUGGCACUGUACAGAGGACUGGCAGGACCGGCAUGCUCCCAGCCAACUAUGUUGAAGCUAUUUAAGCGGUUCUAAGUAUCAUGCCUGUUUGUAGGGUCUAUGACUCCUGCAGUAUUUCAGUAUAGACUCUUAACUAUUACCCAAUUCUCAAACUGCCUAGUGGUCUUUCUGCAUCAAUAUGCUCAUAUUUAUAACAUUCUGUAAUUUGUUUCUAUCUGAAUCCCAACAAUUCUCCAG